AUGUGCACAGAAAGAGAUGCUCUUCUGACCAAAGCAUAUCCAAAGGUUCAAGAGUUUUGUCAGAGUCUUGGAUUAGUUUUUGAGGUGGUAGAUAUGAGAUGGGGAAUACGUGAUGCCAUAACUGUUGACCACAUGACCACAGAACUAUGUUUGAGAGAGAUAGAAACUUGCCAGAAACUAUCAGUGGGGCCCACAUUUAUUGCUCUUAUUGGAAAUCGUUAUGGGUAUCGACCUAUUCCCCGUGUAAUACAACAGGAGGAGUUUGAUGUUCUUUAUUCCAACCUCAGAUCAGAUGAUAGUUCCACCACACUUCUUAAGGAGUGGUACUGGAUGGAUGAGAAUGCUGUGCCUCCUGUAUAUGUCUUACAGCCAAUCGAUACUAAACUAUCUCACUAUAAUGACAAAAACCCAGUCAAUCAGCAGCAGCAUGAACAUGACGUCAAAGCUUGGAAAACUAUUGAGUCUCAGUUAGCAAAACUACUUCGUUCUGCAGCUUUAACUGCAGCAAAUAGAGGGACACUCAGUGAAGAACAGAAACAUCAGUAUUUCAAAUCAGUUACAGAAAAAGAAAUUGAUCGAGGGCUUCUUUCAGCAAGAAAGAGAGGAGUGUAUGCCAUGAUAUUCUUAAGAGAAAUUAAGAAUUUGGACGAGAAUGCAAAGGACCAGAGAUCGUCAAUGUUUAUUGAUACUAAGGAAGAUGGCAACAUAGAUUCUGAGGCGCAGCAACUUCUCUCAGGCCUGAAGAUGAAAGUGACCAGUGAUUAUUCCAAGCAACUCCGAAUCUACACAUUGGAAUGGCAAGGUGAUAUAGCAAAUUCCAAACACAAGCAGUAUAAUGAAUAUCUUGAGAAACUCUGUGAAGAGUUUGUUACAGAAAUGAAGCAGCAAAUACUUAACAGAACUACAAAUGACAGUGAACAUUGUAAUGAUCUAGGUUGGCUUCUACAAGAAAUCAUCCAUCACAUGACUACUUGUAUGAAGAAGUGCUCAGUUUUCUGUGGUAGAAAAGAGUUUUUAAUGAAUAUUUGCCAAUGUAUCAAGCAGUACAACAGCAGUCCUCAUCCUCCGUUGAUUUUAUAUGGGCCAUCUGGUACUGGAAAAACUGCAGUGAUGUGUAAACUUUCACAGGAAAUUCAAAAUAUUUUCCCAAAAGAGACAGUGGUAGUGUUACGGCUAUUAGGAACAUCACCAUCUAGUUCUGAAAUUCACAGUGUACUCAAAAGUAUCUGCUUUCAGAUUUGCUCUGCACUUAACUUUCCACCACCUUCUGUCUCAGUUACAAACUUUUACAAUGAUCUUGUUCGUUUUUUCCACAGUCUUUUGCAUACUGUGUCCAAAAAAAAGAAGCAGGCAAUGAUUUUGAUUUUUGAUUCAUUAGAUCAACUUUCUUCAGCUGAUGGUGCCCACAGACUUCACUGGCUUCCAAAAGAAUGCCCCCCUAAGGUCCACAUUAUUGUCUCCACCCUGCCCGAAGAGUACGGCAUAUUAAAAACCCUCCGGGAAGCUAUCAUAAACCAGGAGAACUAUUUUGAAGUGAAACCCCUGUCUGGUGAACAAGGAGGGGAGAUGAUUGAAACACUGAUGGCAUCAGUGAGCCGUACACUAACACCAUUUCAGUAUAAUGUUAUUCUACAGAGUUUUAAACAGUGUGGACAGCCUCUUUUACUUAAACUGGCAUUUGAUGAGGCUACCAGGUGGGCUUCUUAUACACCUGUUUCAGAACUGCAGAUUGCCACAACAACACAGGAAGCAGUGCGCCAGCUGUACAUGCGACUGGAGAAACAACAUGGCAAAAUUCUUGUAUCACAUGCUCUGGGAUACAUUGUUUCAUCCAGAUAUGGCUUAUCGGAACAAGAGUUAAAGGAUGUUCUCUCACUGGAUGAUGAAGUUCUAGCUGAUAUCUAUCAAUACUGGGCCCCUCCAAAUAAAUCCAUCAUUCACCUUCCACCCCUGCUUUGGACAAGGUUGCGUUUUGAUUUAGGAGAGUAUCUGGUAGAAAGGCAAGCUGAUGGAGUCACUGUUCUUGGACUGUAUCAUAGGCAAUUUAUCGAAGUUGUGCAGGAUCGUUAUCUUGUGGCAGAAGAAAAAUCAAAGUGUCAUUUCAUCCUGGCUGAUUUCUUUAAAGGGACCUGGAGCCAAGGAGCCAAAAAAGCCAUCACCCUGCCAUUCCUCAAACAAUCUUUUGAGGCUGACAGAAAGGUUGCACCUCAGCCCUUAUGGUUUUCUAAUGAUAUUGUAAACAUGAGGAAACUGAGUGAAUUUCCUUACCAUUUGUUAAACUCAAACCGAAUUGAUGAACUGAAAAGGGAAGUCCUGGGAAACAUGACUUGGAUUGUUUGUAAAAUCCAAUCCUGUGGAUCUAAAAGUGUCAUUGAAGAUUUCCAACUAUGUGCAGAGACCACUGACUGCCCUGAGGUACGGCUCGUGAGAGAUGCCCUUCUUCUGUUUAAGCCUACGGUUGACUUUGUUGAGGGUUGUAUCAAUGAGAGCCUUAUCUACAAUGAGAUGUUGGCCCGCCUCAGUUUUUUCGAAGAAACCUAUCCUUCUUUGAUUGGAGAGCUUUGUCGUCAGUGCAAAGAGUGGUGUUCAACAUGUCCUUAUCCCAUGAUUGUCCCACUGUGUUCUUUCUUUCAGCCUCCAGGAGGACCACUGCAGACGACUUUAACUGGAUUUAAAAAAGGUAUCUCUGUAAUGGAAGUGAGUACAGACCACAAUCUGCUAGUAGUGGGUUCACAGGAUGGUACUAUCAUAAUCUGGGAUAUGAAGGAAAUUGAAGUUAUCCAUACUCUGACUAGCCACCAAGAUGAGGUCAAGUGUGUAAAGGUGAUCAGGAAUGGUAGUCAUGCCAUCUCAGGCUCUGCUGACAAUACACUUCGCCUAUGGAAUUUGAUGACAGGAAAACAGAUAUACUCCAUCGCCGAGGAUCACUCUGGUUAUCAGUAUUAUGCGUUGCUUCAUGUGGAGGAGAAGAAGUCCAUCAUUUAUUCUGUAUCUGGCUCACAGAUUAAUGGCUGGCAUCUGGACACAGCUGUGGCUCUUUUCAGAAUUCCAAGUCAGAAUCCAAAUGUUAGGAUGUAUUCUGUUGUAUGGGGUCCCGGACUUCUGCUUAUGGCAUUAUCAGAAGGAGGCUUGUUGAGUCUGUGGGACAGUACCACAGGAGAGCUUCAAGGCCAACACCAGAUUACUGGGCUGACAGAUGCAAUUCCUGUCUGUUCAGCACUGCUGAAAAAAAUUGGUGCGAUGGUUGCUGGAUUCAGUAAUGGAACCUUGGCCUUAGUUUCAACAAAUGGAAACUGUUUCACUGAGAAUCUAUAUGCUGUCACUACAUUCUUGGUGGUUUCAGAAGAUGAAAUUCUAUUUGCAGCAGGCUUUGGAACUCUAGUCAGAAUAUUUAGGUCUCAGUCUGACUGCUUGAAGACAUUCAUGCCUGCAGAUUUAGAACAUGAAGAUGUGGUGGAAACAGCAGUCAUAAGCAUUGCUAAAGGUAUCAUUAUUACUGGAUCCAGGGAUGAGACUAUACGGGUAUGGAGUCUGUCAAAAGAAGGCAUCUUAUUGGACUCAUUAGAAGGAAUGGGUGCACCAGUCACGGCCCUUGCCCUUUGUGGUGGGACUUUGUUUUCUGCUUCCCAAACUGCCUACUACCUCAAGCUUUGGAAUCUGGAUUAUGAUCAGAGGCACAAGACUUUAGCACCUUUCCAGGACCGGAGUGGGCUUACAGCCAUUUCUGACAAUGGAAACUUUGUAUAUUUUCCUAAAACUGGUAACAGAAGAAAAAUCAUUGUGUGGGACUGCAGUGAAGGUAAAAUGAUGGACACAUUAGAUGUUUCUUCACCCGUCAGCUGUCUGGAGGUUGCCAAUAACAAAAGACUACUGUUUUGUGGUUUGGUCUCGGGGACUGUGCUUGCAUUCCCACUAGACGCCAGGCAGGAUACUUUGUGCAUCCCACCCCCUGAGAUGCUGCAUCCAGUGAGUGCAAUUGGCAUUAGUAAACAGGAUGAAAGACUAGCAGUAGCCUAUGAGAACUGUAUCUUUGUGUUCAACAUCAGUCCUGGGGAACCAUAUCCCGUUAUCGAUGGGCCUGCUUAUCAAUAUUCUACUGCAGGUCCAAGUGUUAUUUCAAGUAUUGCAGUACUUACAGAUUACCGAGUAUUAUAUGGUCUCACAAAUGGGGAACUCUGCCUUUACCAUUGUAUGGAUUCAAAGAACAUUCCCCUACAGGCACAUGGCAGUAAAGUCACAUGUCUGGAGACAAGUAAUAGUGAGCGGCAUGCUUUGAGUGGCUGUGAGGAUGCCACACAACGACUGUGGAACCUUCAUCUUUGCCAGUGGGACCAUGAAAUGCAAUACAAGGGCUUUUUUUUCACGGGUGUGACUUCUGCUGCUUUCUCCAGGGAUGACAGAUUUUUGUACACAGGUUCAAAGGAUCGUUCCAUUAAAGUCUGGGAUAUUGUUAAAGGUUCCUUGUUAACUGUACAGUAUUCAUAUGCAACAAUCACCAAGAUUAUUUCAACUGAAAAUGGAUUCCUGGCUACUACAAGACUUGGCUACAUGAUAAAGGCAAAAUUUCACUGUCCAGAUAAUAUCAGUCCAGAAUACAAUCCCAUUCAGAAUGUCUCAGCUUCUUACACAGUAACAUCCCGAAAUGGAAAGGAUUCAUGCACAAUCACCACUGCAGGAGUGAAUAACACUGACGAGGCACGACGGAGGAAAAGGAAAACAAAUCAUAAUGCCAGACCUUCUCAGAUGUGUGCCUUGUUCUAAUUGGGAAAGAUAAAAUUAUGCCAUGCACCUUGCUAUUAUAAAAUGCCAAAUAAUAUUGUGGUUGGAAUGAUUUUUCCAAGUCAUUCAAUAAAAAACAUGUUGCGAUGCACCCUUGUGUAUCCAGUGAGAGU